AUGACCGGCUCGUCCGACAACGAGUCGUCCGGCAACGGCGUCCAGGCCGCCCAGAGCCCCAACGGCGACUCCAACGGCUCCCACGGUUCCCACGGCGGCCCCGACGACGGCCGUCGGGACGGCGGCGGCGCCAUUCUCGACAAUGCCAGCGUCCCCAAGCCCAAGCGCCUCGCCUGCAUGAUAUGUCGCAAGCGCAAGCUCAAGUGCGAUGGCCUCCGUCCCAGCUGCAGCACCUGCUCCAGGCUGGGCCAUUCGUGCGCCUACGACGAGCAGAGGAGGAAAAGCGGCCCCAAGCGUGGGUACGUCAAGGCGCUCGAGGAGCGGUUGAGUGAGUCACCGUCGGUCCCCGUCGUCGCCGUGGCAAGGAUGCCCGUCGCUGACCUUGCCUUGGCUCCAGAGCAAGUCGAGACGCUGCUGAAGACGCAGGAUCCCGUCCCGUCGACAAACGCCGGCCCCGUCAAGGGCCUGGCCAUGGCCCACCCGCCGCCCGGCGUCGCUGGCCUGGCCCUCGCGAACCCGCCAAUGUCCGUCGCCGCCGACGGCGAGAUGGACGCCCCGUGGGCCCAUUUCGGCGCCGAUUCCCCCCGGCCGGGCGCGCUCGACGACUUUCACUUCAACGCGAGCAUGGGCAUCCAGAUGAACGGCGUCGGCGGCAACUUCACCUGGGAGAUGAUCGGCCUCGGCCUCGAGGAGCCGCUACCCCCCCAGGAGACCAUCGACGAGCUCCAUCAGGUCUUCUUCGAAAAGGUGCAUCCGUCGUGCCCCAUGAUCCAUCGGUAUCGAUACCUGGCCGCCAUGAACCUAGCCCCGAAUCAGCGGCCGCCCGUGUGCCUGAGGUACGCCAUGUGGACGCUGGCCUGCUCCAUCACGGACAAGUACACGGAUUUAAAGGACCUCUUCUACAAGCGAGCCCGCAAGUACGUCGAGGCCGACUACGUCAAGGGGUACGGGGAGCACAUGAUCUCGGUCGCCCACUGCCAAACCCACAUCCUGCUGGCCUGCUACGAGAUGAAGAUGAUGUACUUUCCGCGCGCCUGGAUCAACACGGGGUCCGCCGUUCGCCUCGCUCAGAUGAUCGGCCUGCAUCGGCUCGACGGCAACGGCCUCGACGUGAAGCAGUGCCUGCCGCCCCCCAAGGACUGGACCGAGCGGGAGGAGCGGCGGCGAACCUUUUGGAUGGCCUUUUGCGAAGAUCGAUACGCGAGCAUCGGCACCGGAUGGCCCAUGACGAUUGAUGAGAGGGACGUCCUGACGAGGCUGCCGUCGUCGGAGGAGGCUUUCAACAUGAGCCGACCGGAGCAGACGCAGACGCUGAACGAGUGCACCGGUCCGUCGGGCGCCGGCAAGCUGUCGUCGUUUGGCGGCGUCGUCCUCCUGGCCUCCCUGUUCGGCCGCAACCUCGUCCACCUGCAUCGGCCCGACGACGACGACCUCGACCACGACCUCAACGGUCCCUUCUGGAAGCGGCACCGCCACCUGGACAACAUCCUCCUCGGCACCUCCCUCGGCCUCCCCGGUCACCUCAAACUCCCCGCCGGCUUGGCCAACCCCAACGUCGUCUUCACCAACAUGAGCAUCCACACGUCGACCAUCUGCCUCCACCAGGCCGCCAUCUUCAAGGCGGAGAAGAACAAGCUCGCGGCCUCGGUCGGGUCCGAGAGCAAGAUACGGUGCAUCACGGCGGCCAACGAGAUUGCGAGCAUCAUGAGGACCAUCUCCCACAUGGACCUGUCGGCCAUGAACCCCUUCAUCUCCUUCUGCCUCUACGUCGCCGCUCGGGUCUUUGUGCAGUACCUCAAGAGCAGGCCGGACGAUGCCCAGACGGUGGACUCGCUCCGGUUCCUGCUCUCGGCCAUGAACGCGCUGAAGCGACGGAACCCGUUGACCGAGUCGUUUCUCGUCCAGCUGGACGUGGACUUUGAGUCCUUGACGGCGCGCAUCCCCCAGCUCAGGAAUGCCUUUCCGCGGUCCGGUGAUAGCCCCGGCGCGGCGGGCAACGGGACGAAGUGUCAACCGCCCGCCGAGAACGCGGAAGGUGUCCCGGGCAUCCUGCCCUACCGAAACAAAUGUCAGUUCCUGAAGACGCCGGCGGAUGAGGGCAACGCGGCCGCGGCGCUGGACCCGAUGGAAAACCCGGCCGACCGACCGGCAGCCGGCCCGGACGCGUUCGAAUCGUCCUGGCUCUCCCCCGACCGGCAGGCGAUGCCUGCGCUGACGCCGAGCUCGGGAACCAUGUACGAAAAGAACGGGCCGGCGAGCAGCGGGCCGAUGUCCGGAUUUGGGGAAAGCAGCGGCGAGAUGCAGGAACUACGGGCUUCGCCUGAAGGUGGACUGUCCAACGGUCCGACGCCCAACUCGUCGAGCGGAGGCGGCUCGGAUGGAAAGUCUCACCUAGGCGCCGGGCCACUGCUGAACGGGUCGGCGCAGGACGCUGCGUAUCGGACGAGCUCGAUGGGACCCCACCAAGGCGUCAUGAGCAAUGGGUUGGACGUGCCGGUAGGUGGCCACCAGAGCUUCUUUGGCGAGACAACCUCGUUCGGCCUCGGCCCAGACAUGGGCGCGGCGGAGGCAGGUGUCAACUUUGGCAUGUCAUCGAGCGGCGGCUGGGCAGACCUGAACGGGGAGACACCUGCAAUGCAACCGGUGGGAGAGGGCGUGCUGCGGGCGCUCAUGAACAUGGGGCCGAUGGAUGCCAUGGACCUGUCAUCGUGGGAUAACGGAACCGACACUCACAUGAGGAGUUGA